AUGGAAAUAGCUGGCCGUGGUGGGGCUUUUCUGGAUGCAAUAAUGAGGAAAAAUUAUGCAUGCACAAAGUUCAUAGUUGAAAGAGACCAUAUGCAGGAUCUGGGAGAACAGAAUAUUCCAAAAAGAUGUUCUAUCAAAACUAAGAGGUCAAAGUUUUCAUAUGGAUGCGAUAUUUUAGGGAAUUUGCAAAGCUUAUGA